UUUUAUUUUUCAUCUUGUUAAGCCGAAGAAUUCAUAGUGCACCGAUCUUUGUACUUUCGAAUACAUUUUUAUUUUGAUAAUAUAAUUUUCUUCGGCUUAUUCGCUUAAAUAAUCGGCCUUUUAUUGCUAGUCAUAAGCAACAAGUCUCUCUUUGUGCAAACAUGUUGGUAAAUUUAAAAUCAAUUGCUGCCCAAAAUGCAGCCAAAAAAAUAUGGGCAAUUGGUGCUUUACGCACAAUGUCAACUCCUACAACAAACACUGGAAGUCGGAAAAAUAUUGUUCUUGUCGAUGGUGUUCGCAGUCCUUUCUUGUUAUCGGGAACCAGCUAUUCGAAAUUGAUGCCGCAUGAAUUGGCUCGGCAUGCACUUUUGAGCCUCUUACGCAAGACCAAAGUGGAAAAAGAACUUGUAGACUACAUUACAUAUGGCUCGGUUAUUCAGGAAGUGAAAACAUCCAAUAUAGCUCGCGAAGCAGCAUUAGCGGCCGGAUUUAGCGAUAAAACACCAGCUCAUACAGUUACCAUGGCUUGUAUUAGUUCGAAUGCUGCUAUCACAACCGGCAUGGGCCUAAUUGCCACUGGGACAUAUGAUACUAUUGUUGCUGGUGGUGUAGAAUUCAUGUCCGAUGUCCCAAUUAGAUUCUCUCGCAAGAUGCGUUCACUUAUGAUGAGAGCCAGCAAAGCCAAAACUAUGGGACAACGUCUGUCGCUUUUGUCCACAUUUAGACCAAGUUUUUUAGCCCCGGAACUACCAGCUGUUGCUGAAUUUUCUUCCGGCGAAACUAUGGGACAUUCAGCCGAUCGCUUGGCUGCUGCUUUUAAUGUAUCCCGCAAAGAACAAGAUGAUUAUGCUCUUAGAUCACACACAUUAGCCAAGGAGGCCGAGGAAAAGGGAUACUUCACCGAUUUGGUGCCUUUCAAAGUGUCUGGGGUUGAUGGUUUGAUUUCCAAAGACAAUGGAAUUCGUGUGUCCUCCAGAGAUAAACUAGCUAAACUUAAACCCGCCUUUGUCAAACCUCAUGGUUCCAUUACAGCCGCUAACGCCUCAUUUCUCACCGAUGGUGCCUCUGCUUGCCUCGUCAUGACUGAAGAAAAGGCCAAGCAAUUGGGCCUCAAACCUAAAGCUUAUUUGCGGGAAUUCACAUACGUUUCACAGGACCCAGUUGAUCAGCUCCUUUUGGGACCAGCUUACGGUAUACCCAAAUUGUUGAAAAAAGCCGGCCUGACACUCAAGGACAUUGAUACUUGGGAAGUGCACGAAGCUUUUGCCGGCCAAAUUAUUGCCAAUAUUAAAGCUCUGGAGUCCGAUUGGUGGUGUAAAACCUAUUUGGGCUUAAACGAAAAAUAUGGAGCUCCAGAUAUGAGCAAAUUCAAUAAUUGGGGUGGUUCCUUGUCUAUCGGUCAUCCAUUUGCCGCGACAGGCGUGCGAUUGUGUAUGCAUACUGCUAACCGUUUGGUUCGAGAAGAUGGUAAAUUGGGUGUGGUUGCUGCAUGUGCCGCUGGCGGCCAAGGCGUCGCCAUGCUAAUUGAAAGAUAUCCUGGAGCAACUGCGAACUAAGUUUAAAUGUACUAUUUUUUUAGUUAAUAUUAAGACCAUAGGUAAUUUCAAUUGAGCUAUUGUACACGUACGUAUUUGUUUAAAGAUAAUUGUUACUCAAAAAUCGCCUUUUCAUUGCAAUAUCAUUAAAUUUUCGAACAUAUCUUCAUUUUACUGUAUUUUUUUAUUUGAAACUUAACGAAUUAAAUACAAGUUACUUUAUUGUAA